AAUCGUCGGAGUGUCCAUCUCGGCAAUCGGAAGAAAUAUCAUCAAGGGGAAAAGAACCCAGUGCAAUUCAUUCAGGGAAGCUAUAAAAACAUAAAAUACAUCAUGAGAGAAAUAGUUCAUAUGCAAGCUGGCCAAUGUGGCAACCAAAUUGGAGCAAAAUUCUGGGAAGUAAUAUCAGACGAGCACGGUAUUGACCCCACAGGUACCUACCAUGGAGACUCAGACCUUCAGCUCGAGAGAAUUAAUGUUUACUACAACGAAGCCACUGGUGGCAAAAAUGUACCACGUGCUGUUCUAGUUGACUUGGAGCCGGGAACCAUGGACUCUGUCAGAUCAGGGCCAUUCGGACAGAUCUUCAGACCUGACAACUUUGUGUUCGGACAGAGCGGAGCUGGAAACAACUGGGCAAAGGGACACUACACAGAGGGCGCUGAGUUGAUCGACUCCGUGUUGGACGUUGUAAGAAAGGAGGCUGAGUCAUGCGAUUGUAUUCAGGGAUUCCAGCUUACACACUCUCUAGGUGGUGGUACUGGUGCUGGUAUGGGAACCCUUCUUAUCAGCAAGAUCCGUGAAGAAUACCCAGACAGAAUCAUGAACACAUUCUCAGUUGUCCCAUCACCAAAGGUAUCAGACACAGUCGUCGAACCCUACAACGCCACCUUGUCAGUCCACCAACUUGUUGAGAACACAGAUGAAACCUACUGUAUCGACAACGAGGCUCUCUACGACAUCUGCUUCAGAACUUUGAAACUGACUACACCAACAUACGGGGACUUGAACCAUCUCAUCUCAGCUACAAUGUCGGGUGUCACCACUUGUCUGCGUUUCCCAGGUCAGCUGAAUGCAGAUCUUCGUAAAAUUGCUGUCAACAUGGUCCCCUUCCCACGUCUGCACUUCUUCAUGCCUGGGUUCGCUCCCCUCACCUCCCGUGGUAGCCAACAGUACAGAGCCUUGACAGUACCCGAGCUCACACAACAGAUCUUCGACGCCAAGAACAUGAUGGCUGCCUGUGAUCCACGCCAUGGUAGAUACCUCACCGUCACUUCCAUCUUCAGAGGGCGUAUGUCCAUGAAAGAGGUUGACGAACAGAUGUUGAACGUGCAAAACAAAAACAGCAGCUACUUUGUUGAAUGGAUCCCCAACAACGUGAAGGUAGCCGUGUGCGAUAUCCCGCCACGUGGUCUCAAAAUGUCCGCCACCUUCAUUGGAAACACCACUGCCAUCCAGGAACUGUUCAAGCGAGUCUCUGAACAAUUCACAGCUAUGUUCAGGCGAAAGGCUUUCUUGCAUUGGUACACUGGUGAGGGUAUGGACGAGAUGGAGUUCACAGAAGCAGAGUCCAACAUGAACGAUUUGGUAUCAGAAUACCAACAAUACCAGGAUGCUACCGCGGAGGAGGAAGGCGAGUUUGACGAGGAGGGUGAAGAAGAGGGCGAGGCAUAGUUACCACCAAGUGCUUUGUGACGUUACAUGCUGUCACUUAAUUCAAAGACAUUCACAUUUUAUCCCCAUGAUUCCGUCCAUUAAUUACGAAACAUUCAAAAAAGAACAACGUGAAAGGAUCUGUAUACAUUUUACAAUACAUUUUAUACAACCUUUACAAAAGAAACUAGGUUACUUAUUAUAAAUAGUUAUGUAGAUCUCUAUUUUUACAGAAAACAAUUAAACGUAUACCUCUAGAA